AUGCGGUGCGCGAGCAAGGCCGCCGAGAGCGCGUCCGCACGUCUCUGUGCAGACGCCGAAGCAGAAACCACAGCCACUGAUGUCUUAUCGGUUGCCGUAGCGUCUCAGUCUGUAUCGCCUGUUGAUGCAGACGCUCGUCAUGAAGACACUCAUGUCUUCACAAAGUAUGAACUCGGUGUCUCAUACUCUCCUGAUACGGAAGACUGA